AUGGCCCUUGACUCCGCACCUCACCCGACGGACGCCGCCAUAUCGCACCUAUGGCACUUCAUCGAGACCCGAGGCCUGGAUCUGGACGUGGGCAGUUCCCAAGAUCCAAGGCAAGGGUCUGCGCGCAACGACUCUUCAGGCGGCGGAACUCUUAGCCAGACGGCAGGUAGCAAAGGAUCGUCACUCGGCAAGUUGGGGACAACAUUCAUUCCUGUAUCCGUCUUCACGGCCGUGUGUCUCGUCAUAUUCAUCCUUCUGCGCCGGUUCUGCAAACGUGUGUAUGCACCGAGGACCAUCCCAGAGCUGAGAAGCCCCGAUGUGCCCAGCCCGCCUUUACCUGGAGGAUGGCUGAACUGGAUUGUUCCCUUUUUCAAGACACCCGACACCAUCGUUUUGAACCAUGGCUCCCUCGACGGCUUCUUCUUCCUACGAUUCUUAAAGGUCCUCCGCAAUAUUUGUCUUGCUGGCUGCCUCAUCACGUUUCCCGUGCUAUUUCCCAUCCAUGCCACAGGGGGCAGUGGACUCACCCAGUUGGAAAUGUUGACCAUAGGCAAUGUCAAGGAUCCUCAAAAGCUACUUGCCCACGUCUUCGUGGCGUGGGCCUUCUUUGGGUUCGUGCUUUACAUGAUUGUACGAGAGUGCAUCUACUACGUCAACCUCCGUCAGGCGUACCUGUCGUCGCCGUACUAUGCAGACCGAAUCUCCUCCCGCACGAUUCUACUUACAUGUGUCCCAAAGGAAUACCUGGACGAGCGUCGUCUCCGGAAGCUGUAUGGGGACUCGGUGCGGCGUGUGUUUAUUCCGCGAACAUCCAAAGCCCUCGUCAAGAUGGUAAAAGAGCGAGAACAAACGGCCGAGCGGCUGGAAAAGGCUGAGAUUGCACUGAUCCGAAUCGCGAACCUGGCUCGACAAAAGCAACUGGCCAAGGAUUCGAAGCUUGCGGAACCUUCCACCGCCGCAGCGUCCAUCACUGAAUCGACGGGCUCGAAACAAGACUUGGUCGUGGUCCCGAGUGAUAGCACUGCUAAUGAUACUUGCAGAGGUGAUCUGGAUGAGGCGGAAUCGCCAGGGUCAAUAAUUCGCCUGGAAUCUCUACGACGCAACCCCGAUAAAGACAACGACGACACCAGCCAGCAUGAAGGCAUCAAAUUGAAUAGCAUCAUGGCGGACGAGAAUGAAAAAUUGGACCAAGAUGACGGCGAGUAUGAGCACCCAUACGGUCUAUCGAUGGAUCUCCCGGAUGUUAGAGGAUCUGUUGCCGCCCAAUGGAUUCCGGUACAACGACGACCAUACCAUCGGCCAAUUGGCAACUUUGGCCGCCGCGUCGAUACGAUACGAUGGACACGCACACGACUGCGAGAUCUCAAUCUGCAAAUUUUCAAGAUGCGCCGACAAGUCCGACGAGGCGAUGGCAUCACGUUGCCGUCGGUUUUUAUCGAAUUUUAUACGCAGGAAGCCGCCCAAGCGGCGCAUCAAGUACUGACACACCACCGACCGUUGCAAAUGUCGUCGCGCCUGCUCGGCAUUCGGCCAGACGAAAUCAUUUGGUCCUGCCUACGAAUGCCGUGGUGGGAACUCAUCAUCCGACGCUUUGGCGUCUUGACCUUGGUCACGGCGGCAAUCAUCUUUUGGGCCGUUCCAUCCGCUUUUAUUGGCACAAUUAGCAACAUCGAGGGUCUAACGCAGAAGCUCACGUUUCUCAGCUUUCUAAACAAGCUACCUAGUGUGAUUUUAAACUUUAUCCAAAGUUUUAUGCCAGCAGUGGUCUUGUCUCUGUGGAUGGCGGCAGUGCCCUGGAUGCUUCGAUUCUGCGGUGCCCAGUCUGGUAUUCCGACGAUAACACGAGUCGAAUUAUUCGUGCAAAAUGUGUAUUUUGCCUUUCAGGUCGUUCAGGUCUUCCUCAUCACCACCCUCACUUCGGCAGCGUCGUCGGCUCUUGGAAAGAUUUUGUCGAACCCUCUGGGUGCAAAAGAUCUCCUCGCCGAGAAUAUUCCCAAGGCAUCCAACUUUUACCUGUCCUACAUCAUGAUUCAGUGCCUAAUGAGUGGAGGAAUGCGCCUUAUCCAAGUUUUUGGAUUAAUUCGGCAUUACAUCGUCAGCCGUGUGAGCGCGGUACCUCGUACGAGGUACAAGCGCUGGUGUAAGCUCGACUCUCCAUAUUGGGGUGGCGUGUAUCCCAUCUAUACCAAUAUGGGCGUGAUUGCCCUCAGCUACUCCUGCAUUGCCCCCCUCGUCCUUCUCUUUGCCGCCGGGGGGUUGUUUGCAACCCAAGUGGUUUGGAAGUACAACCUCAUCUAUGUACUAGACUCUGACAUGGACACCAAGGGGUUGUUUUAUCCUCGGGCUCUCAUUCACCUGACCAUUGGUCUCUAUCUGGCCGAAAUUUGUCUUAUAGGCCUGUUCGCGUUGAAAGGUGCUUUUGCGCCUUUGGCAUUAAUGGUCUUGUUCUUCAUUUUUACAGGCCUCGUGCAUUUCUCCCUCAGCGACGCAAUUGCACCCCUUUUACUCAAUUUGCCGCAAACAUUGCCUCUCGAAGGUGAAAUCCAAGAAGAAGAAAAGGCAAAGGCUUUGCGGGAGAAGGAACUCGCCACGGCGAGGUUGGAGGGGGAAGACGGAGCGACGGGAGCGGCAAACGACUACUAUGACUCCGAACAAGUCUUUGGCGACGAGGAACAGCUGGAACAGUCAGACACCGAGGAAGAGGAAGAAGAGGAGGAUUCUGGAGACGAACACGGGCCCAUUACGGGAACCAGAGCCGUGGAAGGUGCAGCUAGCAUUGGGUCUACGUUGAAAGAAUGGGCCAAGGCUACAACCACGGCAAAAGUCAACAAGGAGAUCAACAGCCCAGGCGUACAGGAGUUUCUAGCCAAGAUUCAAUUCUGGAAACAUGACAAGCACGCGAAUGGCGAACCACCAGGCUUCCUGGCACGAUGGCUUCAUCCAGAAGAGUAUGAGGAUUUUGUUGCUUUGCGAAAUACCAUACCUGGGGAUCAACUCCGUCAUGUUGAGUACCCAUCCGAGUUUAGGAAGCGAUGCUACCUUCCGCCAGAGAUGUGGGCGCCAAAACCUACUUUAUGGGUACCUCGAGAUGAGGCCAGAGUCAGCAGACAAGAGGUUGCCCAUACCAAGAAAUACACGCCCAUCUCGGACAAGGGCGCAGAGUUGGAUGAGAAGGGUGGAGUGGUAGUCUAUUUCGACAAAGCACCGAUAAAGAAAGAGCGGAUGCUUCUGUAA